GCCGAUCCAAAGGCCUGGCUCAGGAGUGAUCCUGUGCCACCUGUACCAUCAAGAUCAAGAUCAAGAUGUACCAUCAAGAUCAAGAUCAAGACUUGCCACAAAGAUGGUGCGUUGUCUGCUGUCUUCCACCAAAUGUGCCGAAAAUUCGUAUAAAUUAAUCAUCCAGCGAGGGAUACACCAGUCACAAAUGGCAUCUUCCCAUGUGACGGUGAAUGGUCUGAACCUGCAUUAUGAAGUGGCAGGUUCAGGCAGCAAGGUGGCCCUCUGUCUUCCCGGAGCACUGGGUUCCAUCAAGUCAGAUUUUGGACCACAGCUAAGUUCCCUUGCUGGAGAGGAGCUGACCUUGGUGUGCUGGGACCCCCCAGGCUAUGGACAAAGUCGCCCUCCAGCACGAAAGUUCUCCAAUGACUUUCUGAGACAGGAUGGCAGAAUAGCAGCCCAGAUGAUGAAGACAUUGGGCCAUGACAAGUAUGCUUUGCUGGGCUGGAGUGAUGGUGGAAUUACUGCCCUCAUGAUGGCUGCUGCAUUCCCCCAGCAAGUAUCUGAGUUGGUGGUGUGGGGUGCCAAUGCGUAUGUCACAGAGAAAGAUAUUGCCAUAUAUAAUAAGGUCCGCGAUGUGAGCCAGUGGUCAGAGAAGAUGAGGGCACCACUUGAGGCCAUAUACGGAAAGGAAGAUUUCAAAAAGACAUGGGAAGGCUGGGUUGAUGCAUUAGCCAAGAUAUAUCAAGAAGAGAAUGGAGACUUGUGUAAAGCUGACUUAGACAAGAUUUCCUGCCGAACUCUAAUUGUUCAUGGCAACAAGGACCCUCUCGUGCCCCAGGAACAUCCUGAUUACCUUCACUCAAAAAUCAAGGGAUCACAGUUGGUUUGUAUGGAAGAUGGAAAGCAUAAUAUUCAUCUGAGAUAUGCUAAAGAAUUCAACAAACUUGUAGCUGAAUUUCUUUUUAACAAGAAUUUUCUAGUGAAGCCUGAUGGUAAGAUUUAAUACUCUACCUCCACAAAAAAAUCUUUAUUAAAUUGUUUAUGCAGUUCUUCAGUUUUCUGAUUGUCAACUGAUUUCAGUAAAGGGACAUGUUCUACAGUUAUAUAAUUGUUUUUAAUGUUGAGACAUUGUUAAGAGGAAAAUAUCCUCAUGCACAUUGUUACACUAAUAUUGCUCUCUUUCCUCCUGGCCACCAUCAGGAAACUUAAUGGAGGCACAAGGGAAAGAAAGUCUGAACUAAGCUCAUUAGGUUUAUUACUUUUGUGGUUACUCUUCUGUACAUUUGGGAUAACACUUCAACACAAACAAUUCUGACUAACUUCUGCUUAACUCCCAGCCUUACUUAUUUCAAAUGUUCUAUGUAUGAGAGUUUCUUUGUCAAGCUUCAUAAUGAGAUUUGUUCAAGAUUCAGGAGACGUGAGUACCUACAACUGCGUGAUACCAAGCAGCACAAUUAUCAUAAUAGUCACCCUUACUAUUUGGGAAGAGGCAUCUGCAUUUCCUUUCUGGGGAAAGUCUGCCCCUGCCAAGAAUUGGGAGAGGAGAAGAGUUACUGUCUGUUGGGGAAGGACUGCCCCAGUCUCCUACAAUAAAUGAAAAGACAAAUGAUGAGAUUAAUCUUAACGUUUCUAGUAUACCAGCACUAAUAUGUGAUAUGAGAGAAGCCUGUCUGUACACCAGUCUGACAUCUAUUUUGGUAUUGGCCUGGUACAUGAGUAGGCUUUUUUAUAAGAAGAUUCUAACAUGAUAUUUGUAAGAAUAAUUUCAUCUACCAAAGGAACUGUAUAUUUUAUGCUAUACUUAAUUAUGAUUACAAUUUAUUGUAUAAU